AUGUUGAUGGGAGAUUAUUACUUCUGUAAGCAUCAUAGUUUGCAUUACCACAUCCUCUCUCACUUCUCCACUUUUUUUUUAAUAUGCCAGUACAUAAAGAUAUAUGGUGUGUCUUUAUUGGGCUCUUAAAUGUGACGUGUUUCUGGCGACUGGAAGCAGAACAACGAUAACUUCUACACCUUAAAAAUCUGUAUCUAUUCCUCUCUUCUUCUUCUUCUCCUUUAAUGUCAAUAAAAAUGUUGUACAUGCUCAGAAUUUUCUGUUUCUGAUCUAGUUUACCUGCACUUAUGCUAAAAAAGUAAAUCAAGCUCUAUAUGUUGGCACUGACAUGUAUCCGUUAAAUUUGCUGUUUUCUAUUUGGGGAGGCGUAAGACAUAAGGCACUGUGUCAAGACUUGCUCUGCUUUAAGAGUUAAAUAUUUAUUUUAGCUGCUAAACCACAAGCAAGUGUUGCUUUAUGAUGCCUUUAAGUCCUUUGUUAUUACAUGGGACUAAUGUGAAUACUCAUCUUUUAUCAGUUAUUAUACUCAGCAGUUGAUGGUUAUACAAAUUUAGUGCACCUUUUAAAUAUUUAAGCAGUUUGUAUGUCAAUAAAUAUAACAGAUAAAAAAUGGUGAACGUUUGAAGAGGGGUUACCAAAAUGAGGAAGCAGCCUACUCUGUGGUUGGGCUACUGAGUGCGCACAUUCACCUCCUGUUUCUGACAAUGCAGAAACGCACGCACACACACGAGCACACCCACUACACACACAAUAUGUAAAACUGGACAGUAGUUUUCAAAAACACACAAACCUCAUUUCCUUAUCACUUCUUUCCACAGAGAGUUUGCACAAACAGACCAAAUGUUCACAUGCAUCAUCGCAGAUGAAGGAACAGACACACUCUCUGUGCAAAGAGCCUCUUUUGCGUUAGCUUCAACAUUAUCAAGACUCCAAAUCAAUUGUUUUCUUGCAUACGAAGAUGUGCUUUACUGUAGGAGGAGGCACUCCCAGCAGCCUUUGGGUCCAUGAGGUAAGUCAGACUACUCUGGUUCUUGGUGUUUCACUGCCGUGCUGUGCUUUUGCUGAUGAUUAAACUUCGGACCCUACCUCUCUUAUCAAACUUCCUCGUUCUUUUACAUUUAGUUUGUUUCAGCUUCCUGUUAAACCAUUGACAUGCGACUUAUGAUCAUCUGAAGACAGAGAAGACAUCAUGUAAGUCUGAAAUAUACUCUUGUUUUUUUUUUUUUUAAUCUGAAUUUAGAAUAGUAGAUAAAUAGUUUCCAAUGGUGGCAAACUAUCAAUUGUUCUGUUUUUGUUUUUUGGGUAGCUUUUUAUUGUUCUGUAAAACUGUUAAUGAUGAUAAUUAAGGUUAAGUUUAGUACAAAACAAAUAAGGUCACAAAUCUGCCCGUAUAAUCCACAAAUCUCUUCAGCAUGAGAGGCUGUUAGAGGACGGUUUCACAUGUUGCAUUUGAUGUAACUGAAGAUGAAGAUUGCUCAUGACACAGAAGUGAUGGCAACAUUUUACAUGUACGGUAUAAUUACGACACACAAUAAAAGCUUAAGCUAUACACCGUAUUUCAUCAUUAUAAUUAAUUAAUGAAUAAAUUGAGAAUUUAAAUUAACAAAACCUUAAUUCACAGUUACUUAAUAUUAUACCUAUGUACCCUUUUUUUCCCCUUUUAUACAAUUUUUUCUAAUUUAUGUUGGUUUCAAUGUUAAAGCAUUCAAAGUUGGGAGUUCAAACUGCUGCUAUCCUUUCAUUGACAUCAAAACAUCAAAAGCAGCUAAUGUUCUUUAGUAUUGCAACUAUGAAAAAUAUUGAUGUCUUAAAACAUGACAUUUACAUAAUUAAGGAAAAUAGGACCGUCAGUGACAAGACUGAUAAUUUUGUCUAAUGUUCUUUUAAUGCCUUAAACUAGUAUGAGGGGGUAGGGGUCUGCAGAGUAGCCAUAAAAACAUCCUGUUUUUACACCUUCUGCAUUAAAUAUCCACAAUAAAUGAAGGGGGGUGAGAUUUUUAUGGCAUAGACACCACUUAAGCAUGUAAAGUUUGAGACAAAGAAUGAUUCCUCCUCGAGGGAACCAAAUAUGACGCAAACUGAAAGUUCCUCACAGGAGCUUUAAGCAUGAAUUCGCUUUUCUUAUGGUGAUAGUGAUGUGCCAUGGUUGUUGGUGUCUAGGUGGACAAAAAUAGACAUUAAUGUAUAAGAUGCACAGCACAAUAUGUCAUUAUGCUCUAGCUCUACCCACUUCUCGAAGGAAUAUUUAGUUAAGUACAUUACAUAUACAGUCAACACCAUGGUAACCAAGUGAUCAGAGGUGCCGUGAAAGGGAAAUAAGUUUAGAGGUUCUGUAGGACCUAAAAAGUAACCACUACAACAUUUGAGGUCUUUAAGUGGUGAUAUACAGAAUUUCAAUGGGGUUAAAAUCUUUAUUAUUCUGGGCCCUUCAUUAGCUCUUAUUCUGUGUUUAUCCUGCUCUUCCACUAAAUUCAAGGCUCUUUUCUCUUCUUCCAUUAAGGAUGAACACCACUGAAGCCCAAAACACCACGGUGUUGUUCACACAGACAAAUUCUUCAAUCAACACAAGCUCCCCAGGAAAUACCACAAUCUCACUAAAUAAGGAUGACCUGACAUAUUAUUACCGUAUUGCCUUGUUGUCCAUCUACUCCGUGGUUCUGCUCACUGGCACCAUCAGCCUGAGCCUGAUGGUUCACAUAAUGAAGUCGAGCUCUGCAUCCAUCACCUCCAUCACUGUUCUCAAUCUCAUCUUCGCCCACUUCCUCUUCCUCAUCACUGUCCCAUUUAGGAUUUACUACUACGCCAGAGGUUACUGGGGCCUGACUUUUGGGUGGUGCAAAGUGGUCAGCAGCAUGAUCCACAUCCACAUGUACAUGUCUUUUAUUUUCUAUGUGAUUAUCCUGAUUAGUCGACUGAUGACGUUCUACCACAAAGCAGAGCAUAUGGCAUCCCUUCGAAGGAUUCAAGCACUGUUGGUCAGCGCUAUGGUAUGGAUAGUGGUGCUUGUCACAGUACCUUUAAUAAUCCACUUUUCCUACGGCAAAAACAACAAGAUCAGUGAGGAAAAGUGCUUCAAGUUCGGCAAGAGCAUUACACGCGGUGCCAAGGUGGUCAACUAUAUUGUCAGCACGUUGAUCAUAGUGGUCGCCACUGUGCUAACAGUCCUACAAGCCAACAUCCUCAGAGUUCUUUACAGGAAACACCGUGAGGGAUGCACCUCUCAGCAAGAGUUUGCAGCUCAGCUAAAGAGUUUGUGCUUCGCCCUCAUCAUGGUGGUCUGCUUCAUUCCCUACCACAUGUUCCGGCUGUAUUACUUAAAUGAUCCUAAUGUGGAGGGUGUUAAUGAGGUGUUUCUGAGCCUGACUACUUUUAACUGUUUAGACAUGCUCACCUUUUUGGGAAGGAGACACUUCUUUGUGUGUUUUCUAGGAAGGGCCUGUUGA